CAGCGCCUGUCACAGCUUUCUGCGUGUUUUCCAGCGUGAACAUGAACGUGGCUGAAGCUAAAUCAGAGCUGAAGCGGCUGCUGAGCAGACUGAGGCCGGCUGAACUCACGCAGCUGCUGGGCUGGAUGAAGAACUCAGAUGAGCUGGAGGACGAGUUGCUGGGAGAUAACGGGAGGGUGCUGCUGCAGAGUAUUGCAGAGGACCUGAGGGCAAACGUGCCCCCUGAUGCUAUGCUGCCCUCUGAGACCGCUGCCUACAGUAAGAUGCAGCGGCGGUCACGGCCGACGGUUCACGUGGAUAGCUUCCUGUACGACGACGAGCAGGUGGACUCCCUGUGUGAACGGGGGCUCAUGAGCCACAACUACUGCCUCAGCUGUGGAUCCCACAGGACUGCACCUCUGGACUUCAUCUCUCACUCGUUCUCCGUGACUGAGCUUCAGUUCCUGUUCCAGCACGUUCUUCCAGAUCUGAGUGGCCGGACACUGGUGGAUGUAGGAUCCAGACUGGGGGCCGUGCUGUAUGGGGGGUAUGUGUACAGCUCAGCGUCCCGGUUGCUCGGCCUGGAGAUCAGUGAGGGUUUCGUCAGACUGCAGGACUCCAUGCUGCACAAAUACAAGCUGACUGACAGAGUUCAGGUCCUCCAGGCUGACGUCUGCACGCAGGAUAUUCUGCUGCAAAACGCAGAUGUUGUUGUCAUGAAUAACGUCUUUGAGUACUUCAUGGAGCCCGAGCAACAGGUCAGGGCAUGGAAGUUCAUCAUGCAGAAUUUCCGGAAGAAGGGAUCUCUGCUGGUCACUGUUCCCAGUCUGCACGAGAGUCUGAAUCCCCUGCAGGAGGUGUUGCAGCCUGACUGGGUGGAGGAGCUUCCUAUCAACUAUGACGUCUACCUGGGCAGAGACACAGACCCCGAUGCUCUCAGACAGAUCCACCUGUACAGGGUCAUCUGAUUUGGACUGGACCUGUUUGAUCCCUGAUCUCAGUUGAAAUCGUCUUGGCUAAUUUAUACUCUGAACUGAACUGGUCAGAAGUGAGCUCGUUAAAUCCAAACCCAGUUAAUGAAACCCAUGAUCUGGUUUAAACUGGUUAGGAGGGGUUGAAAUUAUCUGGGUUGGUUAGAGCUGGACUCUUCCUUCCCUGGUCUACAUAUCAAAGAAACUCAGGCUUUGUCUCGUUAAUUGAGUUGCACUUGCAAAAUGCUAUGUUAAUAUUAUAUGUCAGUUAAUUCAGGGUUGACUAAAUGUGUGUCCUUUACUAUAAAGGCUUGGCAACAAGUAACCAAUCACAAACAUGGACAGAUGAGCGUGGCAACAUGAUGAAAGUGUCAAAGUGAGGCUUUCUCUAGUAAAUCCUCAUAUUGAGUCACAAUGAGACUGCCUGACUAUCCCAGCAGAAAACUCAAUAAAUACAACUUUCCACAAACCAAGGCCAACACGAUCCUUCAGAAAAACUGUCUGCUAGUGUUGUCAGAAAUCUGGUCAUAUUGUGGGGCAUCAUGUAAUGUUAGUGUAUCCUGCUCAGGUUAGAGAUACAGAAUAAUCAGUGUGAACAUACCAUGAGUAACAUGAUCACAAAGUUGACCCUUCACAGUGCACCGUGCUGCCACUCUGGUUAUGUGUAAUGUUUUUCUUGGAUGUGCCUUUUCACACCAAUCUUUAAAUGAGAAGGUUUGUCAUUUCUAAAUGUGGCAUUUAAAGGAGGAGGCCAAACAUCCCUGCAGAGGUUGGAGUCUUUCAGAAACAACAUUAAUGUAUGGAAAGUGUGACCAUCAGAAAACUGAUGGUGCAAGUGGUGGGUUGAAGUCAGAGUGUAGAAAUGUACUGCAAGGUGUCACUUUACAUCACAGCUGUCAAACUCCAGUGUCCUGACACUUUUCCAUGUGUCCCUGCUGCAACACACAUUUAUUUAUAUUCAAAUGAUAUCUAAUUUAAAAAUCCUUCAGAUAUAAAAUAAAACUGGUGUGGCGCAUACCCCUAUUUUAAGUCUCUAGAUUAGGGGUGAUGGCUAGUGAUGUGCGAUACCACUGAUUUCCUUUCCGAUCCGAUACCAAGUAAAAUUCAGGGUGGUAUCGACGAUACUGAUCCGAUACUGAUACUUUUUGCAAAAACUUAUUUUAUUUAUUGUAUCUUUUAUUGUAUCUUUUAUUAUAGCGUCAUCAUGAUUACAGGACAACAGAUUUCUUGUUCUUAUCACUUAAUGAUGCAGAAUUCAUCAUACAGAAAUAAAAAAACCCUGAAGUUUUGCACUAUUUGAACAUGUUGCCUGCCUGCAGCACUAAAGGACUCUGUGAGAGACGUCUGUCUCGCCCUAGCAGCACCUGUCCCUCUCCUCCUCUUCAGUUCGCCUCAACAUAAGCUUGUCAUAUUCUGUGAUAUGAUUUACUCUGAGGUGUUUGACAAGGUUAGUGAUGUUGCCACAACACCUCACUGUCUUGCCACAUGUAUCACAAACCACAUCUCGGCUGUUUGUGGAGGUAAAAUACGUCCGCACAUGACUCCAUUUACGCUCAGCCAUUGUUGUGAGUGCGCAAGCCAAGGGGCUGCAACACGUUCAUACAGCCGUAUUACGCACAUGACUAUGGAAGGUGGAAGAGGAAGUAGUUCCUUCCAAUGUAGACAAUCCGAAUGAUAUAGUUUCUUUCCACUGUGUUCCUGUUAAUGAUAAACUACAAAUUUACCCUAAAUUACUAACAUAUCGAUAUUUUAAUGUGAGAAUCGAUUCUAGAACAUAAAUGUCUGGUAUCGGAGGAAUCGAUAUUUCAGUAUCGAUCCGCACAUGACUACUGAUGGCACGACCAUAGCUGGACUGGCUCUCCCGGUGGGUCGAUGGUUUUUCUAACGGCAUGAACAAUGAGAGGUGGUGGAUUGGCCAGAUGCUGGCCGAUGUGUAAAAAUAACUCAGUUGUUUGGUGGUGGCUAUGGCGGAGCUUCCACAGAGGCCAGCAGGUGGAUGAGGGAAAGGGGAGGCAGGAGGAGCAGAGACCCGAGGCGGCCACCGGUGUCCCAGAUCAACUGGCGUUUAGAUUAACUGGCGUUGGUCGAACAGAUGUGUGGCAGUCUUGCAUUUCAGGAGCUGCUACCGACAAACCAGCAAAAAAAAAAAACGCCAAAUGUGUCAUCCGUGACACUUGUGAGGUUAUCUCAAACACACUCCGUCAGUCUCGAUGCCAUUGAACAACAAAAUGUUUAAAAAUGUCGCGAGUUUACCUGGUGAUAUCCUCAUGCGCGACGCGAUCGCGAAAACGGCAAACAAUUAACACCACGCCGGUGUUGUUCACAGGACAGCGAGAAUAAACGAUCGGGAGACUCUUGUCGUCGUUAUCGUUCCCCUCGCACGUUUUAUUUCUCCGGUUUCAGCGUUUUAUCCUCACAACUAAAGCGUGCAGUUUACUUUGUGUGCACCAACAUGGACUCGAAUCAACCAGCGCCACCUCUGGCCAAGUGCCACAGCCUACAGCCAGAUCAACUUGUGACACACAUCUGCAGCACGUUUUAAUUCGUUUCAUGCACAAUACAUUUGUACCUUUCAAUUCUGUCUGUCUGUGCGUCAUGCAAAUAAACCUUCGAAAUGAAUGAAAUUAUAUCAUGUAUCUAUUAUUGACCUACAUUUGUACAAAAUGCCAAAUUAUGUAAACAAAGUCAUAAGAAUCACCACCCUCGUUCAUCAUGAUUUCAAUACCUUUGCCCAUUAGGAAAAUGUCGUGAACAAAUAUAUAUGACACACUAAUAUCUCACCAGUGUUGUAACAUCACAUGUUGUUAGCAUAGUGUGCCUGUGUCUUUUCUCUGCAAACAAACAUUUUAGAGGUGGUAGAUAUAUACAGUCUGUAUAAGUGUGGUUAAAUAAACAUUUUUU